AUGACAUUGCUCCACUUCUAUGGGAACCCUUCUAUUCGUAAAGCCAUAUUCCUUCCGACCCCUGAAUUCCCAUUUUCCUAUAUGCCUAUGCAGUAUUAUGGGUUUGGCUAUGACCCCACAACUGAUGACUAUAUAUUAGUAAGAGUUCUGUAUCUUGAAGAAGAAGAAGGUGAUGAUCUCAAAAAUGAUCAACUUAUGGUUCAGAUUUAUACACUUGGCACUGGCACGUGGCGCAAUGUUACCAACCCUGGCCCUGGUUCUCUGUCUGCUUUUCCAGAAAAUCACUUAUCAGUGUUUGUGAACGGGGCAGUGCACUGGAUUGCGUCCAUUGAAGAUGACUAUAUUAUCUAUGUAAUCUUAUCAUUCGAUAGAAGGAAUAAUUCUUUUCAUGAGAUGGCUUUGCCUGGGAGUUUGGAUGAUGUGAAUAAGUUAAACAUUAAAGUUGCUGUACAUGAUGGGUCACUGCGCUUUUUUAAGUCCGCAUUGACAUGUUGCUCGUUGUGGGUGAUGAAAGAGUUUAGUGUAGCUGAAUCUUGGACUAAGCUAUAUGAUAUUGAUGUUGGGGUAACAAUAUGGCAGGUUUUACAAAGAUUGGUGAGGUUCUAG